AUGAGUCGAGCUACUUUCCACCCAUUCCCGAACUUGCCUGUUGAAAUUCGGCUGCAAAUAUGGGAAGAUGCAUGUUUUGAUUGGGGCAGUGGUCGUUUUGGUCUGCACUACAUCAAAUUGAAUGAGAACCGGCAACUCGCUCCCUUGAACUGCGAAUGGCAAACGGCUGGUCCCAGAAACAGAUCUGCAUAUCUAUGGCACGCAGGUCUUUGGACGGCUUGCAAAGAGUCACGAGAUAUUGCUGCGAAGCAUUGGAGUAAUCAGGGCUGGCCAGACAUGCAGGAGAACACCAAUGAUAAGAGUCUUGGUGAUGUCAUCUGGUUUCACUCGGAACCUUUUCCUCCUCCAAUUUAUAGUCUAAAAGGACUUAUACACAGGAAAGGCGAUUACGAACCCUGGCGCCAAGUCGCGGAUAUGGAACGAGAUAUAUUUUGCGUCACCGCCGAGUCAUGGGAACUACUGGUCACGAACUGGAAACCCCUUCAUGUCGAGGCUGAGGAUGAAUGGGGGCGUCACUUUAUUGACGACAUCACUAAUAUCGCUGUUGAGUUUGACCCAUCCUGGUAUCAGACGAUGAAAAAGUUCAGUCCGGAUAACCGCGUCAAAGAUUAUCCUCCAUCUUUGGCCUUUUUGAUCAGAUUACUUUUGGACCAGGCCCACAACAAGAAAUACAGGAAGGCGGUUCAACUUAUCGAUAGAAACGUUCUAUGGCACGUUGAGAGUGAACAACUGGCUCGUUAUCAUCUGAUCUACAUGGAUUGCGAUCAUGAAUAUUUUGAAGUGUAUUCCUCUGAACUCGAGCGGAGGAGCCCGCUAUCCGACUUUCUCUCCUUGCUCGAUCGUUUGAUAGGCGGCAAGUUGUCCAAAAUCGAGUACGGAGAGCCGAGAUUGAAGUAUAAUUUGAGCGAAUCGGAUUCGGAGCAGGACGAUCGACUCGCUCCCGAAGAACUAAUGAAAUUUAUCGUGAGGCGGGAUAACCUGCGUCCACGAGACUUGAUUAGAUAG